GCGGCUUUAUUAAUAAUUGGCGUGCUUUGCUUUGCUUUGUUUUGUAGCAGAGACAGGGCUUCUCCAUCAAGUCCAGGAUUUGUGGCUUCUUUGGAACCUCAAAGAGGAAGAUUUCACAGUCACAGAAAGUAGUAACUGCAGAACAAGAACAAGAAGAACAAGAAGACAUGGAGAGCAUACUCAAGCCCCUCAGAGAUGGCGAGUCCGUCCUCGACCUCAGCCCGAGAUCCACCGUCAGCGGCGGCGUCGAGGACGUCUACGGCGAGGAUCGCGCCACCGAGGACCAACUUGUCACCCCCUGGACUUUCUCUGUUGCCAGUGGGUACUCUUUGCUGAGGGAUCCACAGUACAACAAAGGGCUUGCUUUCACCGAGAAAGAGAGGGAUGCGCAUUACUUGUGUGGCCUCCUCCCCCCCACUGUUAUCACUCAGCAACUUCAGGAGAAGAAGCUGAUGAAAAGCAUCCGAGAGUAUCAGGUUCCCUUGCAAAAGUACAUGGCAAUGAUGGACCUUCAGGAGAGAAAUGAAAGGCUGUUUUACAAGCUUCUAAUCGACAAUGUUGAGGAAUUGCUUCCGGUUGUAUACACUCCUACUGUUGGUGAGGCUUGCCAGAAAUAUGGGAGUAUCUUCAGGCGUCCUCAGGGUCUUUACAUCAGUUUGAAAGAGAAGGGGAAAAUACUUGAGGUCUUGAAAAACUGGCCCGAGAGGAGUAUUCAAGUAAUUGUGGUUACCGACGGCGAGCGAAUUUUGGGACUUGGAGAUCUUGGAUGUCAGGGGAUGGGAAUUCCUGUUGGUAAAUUGGCUUUGUACACUGCUCUAGGCGGAGUUCGUCCUUCAGCUUGUUUACCUGUUACAAUUGAUGUGGGGACCAAUAAUGAGAAAUUACUGAAUGAUGAGUUCUACAUUGGACUUAGGCAAAAGAGGGCAACUGGGAAGGAAUAUUAUGAUCUUCUACACGAGUUCAUGUGUGCAGUGAAGCAAAAUUACGGCGAAAAAGUUCUUGUACAGUUUGAGGAUUUUGCGAAUCACAAUGCUUUCGAGUUACUUGCAAAAUACGGCACAACUCAUCUAGUAUUCAAUGAUGAUAUUCAGGGGACUGCGUCUGUUGUUCUGGCUGGAGUUGUAGCAGCUCUAAAGCUUGUUGGUGGCAUUCUGGCUGAUCACACAUUCCUCUUCCUUGGUGCUGGAGAAGCCGGAACUGGUAUAGCAGAGCUAAUAGCUCUUGAGAUGUCGAAGCAGACGAAGGCACCGAUAGAGGAGAGCCGCAAGAAGAUAUGGCUUGUAGACUCAAAAGGUCUGAUUGUUAGUUCACGGAAGAAUUCGCUUCAACACUUCAAGAAACCUUGGGCCCAUGACCAUGAACCUCUUAACAAUCUCCUAGAUGCUGUUAAGGUAAUCAAGCCAACAGUUUUGAUUGGAUCAUCAGGAGUGGGAAGAACAUUUACAAAGGAAGUAGUUCAGGCUAUGACUGCAAACAAUGAAAAACCUCUCAUUAUGGCUCUUUCCAAUCCAACAUCUCAGUCUGAGUGUACAGCUGAAGAGGCUUAUCAGUGGAGUGAGGGUCGUGCAAUAUUUGCUAGCGGGAGUCCAUUUGGUCCUGUAGAAUACAUGGGAAAAGUUUACGUGCCUGGGCAGGCCAACAAUGCUUAUAUUUUCCCAGGCUUUGGUUUGGGUUUAGUAAUCUCAGGAACAAUUCGAGUGCAUGAUGAUAUGCUUCUGGCAGCCUCUGAAGCGUUGGCUAAACAAGUGACAGAUGAGAACUACAAUAAGGGCUUGAUUUACCCACCAUUCACUGAUAUCAGAAAGAUUUCUGCUAACAUAGCUGCAAAUGUUGCUGCUAAGGCAUAUGAACUAGGCUUGGCUACGCGUCUUCCUCGCCCUGCGGAUCUUGUGAAGUAUGCUGAGAGCUGCAUGUAUAGUCCUGUAUAUCGCAACUAUAGGUGAAUGUAAUCAUUUGCUGUCAUCAACUCUCGAGUCUUGCGGCUCUUUGCUGUAAUAAACAUGUGUCUGGUGUGUGGUUAAAUACUCGUUAUAUUUAUGCUUUACUUGAAGCAAAAUUUUUCUUUUGUAAAGUCCUUAUUUCGUCGAUUAGAGGACUGGAGAGUGUUUCAGAGCGUUAAAUUGUGGACUGCCUAGGAUGUAUGGCAACAGUUUCGAAUAAUCACUAAUGAAUUUCGAGA